AAAGCAGCUCAUUCCAACACAUUCUUCCUGCAGCCUGCUCCUUGCCAUCCAUCACACACCCUCACUGAACUAGAGGCCACCACCAUGGCAAGGGACCAGAAUGGAACCUGGGAGAUGGAGAGUAAUGAAAACUUUGAAGGCUACAUGAAGGCCCUGGAUAUUGAUUUUGCCACCCGCAAGAUUGCAGUACAUCUCACUCAGACGAAGGUUAUUGAUCAAAAUGGUGAUAACUUCAAGACAAAAACCACUAGCACAUUCCGCAACUACGAUGUGGAUUUCACUGUUGGAGUAGAGUUUGAUGAGUACACAAAGGGCCUGGACAACCGGCAUGUUAAGACACUGGUCACCUGGGAAGGUGAUGCCCUUGUGUGUGUACAAAAGGGGGAGAAGGAGAACCGCGGCUGGAAGCAGUGGGUCGAGGGGGGCAAGCUGUACCUGGAGCUGACCUGUGGCGACCAGGUGUGCCGUCAAGUGUUCAAAAAGAAGUGAUGGCGACGCGGGAGGCCUGCCAAGCAUGAGCUCCCCACUGCCCUCUCCUGGCUUUGAGAAGCAGCUGUGGGGACCUUCCCACUCUUUGACAGAGCCCCAUGAAGGCAUCUGGAUGGGUUUUAAACAGAAUGCGUGUGUAACAGUGAUAGAUAUAUUCUCCUCCUUUGAAACCUAGUAUUAAAUGGAAAAACAAAAAUUA